AUGCUGGAUGAUCAAUGUGACUCGCCGGAGGGUUGGAAUUCCUUGCUGGACGGUGACUUAACGAAGAGUGCUCCUUUAGAAGAAAGCACCGGACUGCCUACUGUGUGUGGCAUAUGCGAGAAGCCUUUUGUGGAUCCCGUCAUCCUUAAUUGCCUGCACAUUUUUGAUCGGGAAUGUUUACGCAGCUUUGAAAAGCAUGACAAUGUGGUCUCUUAUACGAAGUGCCCUCGAUGUGAGGUAUUCUCCGGAUCUCUGAAGUCCCUCGAACCCUAUGACACCUCUAUCGUCGAUAGUGAUGUUUCCGAUGACCUCAAGCGGCUCAGCCUGAAGACAGAUGGCUCUAUAGGCAACGGCACUGCAUCUACGAUGAGUGGUAACCCUAAUGGACCCCUAUCAUCGGUGAGUCCCACCGAGAGCCAGGGAUCCACUCGGGGUCAAAGUAUUGUACCCUUACAGAUUGCUCCUGUCGCUGGUAACGGACACAUUGAUCCAUUUAUUACAGCGCAGUCCGACUCUAAUGUUGUCGCUCGUCCCAUAACCAAUUGGAGUGAUCUUUCUGUUGCCAUGAAUAAUAUGGAUCAUCCGGAUUUUUUGACGAAUGUACCCCAGAUGGACCCAUCUUUCCUGGGUACACAGUUCCUGCCACCUGAUAUGAAUCAGAACGCUCUACGACCACUGGCGAAUCCAACUACUAUGUCCGGGUUGGACUUAGAUUCGAGCCGUGUCGAUGGUCUUCUUUGGUACCCGAGAAAAGUGGCCAUCAUCAGACAAAGUCAACGUUAUGUCGUAUGUGAUCGUGGUAAUGAGCGAUCUCGCAUGCAGCUCUUUAGCCGCAGUGGGCAUUUUGUUCGUCGUAUUCCUAUCAGGUAUAUCGACAUAGUUGCUGGUUUAGCGAUCAACCAACACGGGCACAUCGUUGCCAUCGAUAGUGUCUCCCCCUCUGUUUUCGUCGUAUCCGAAGAAGGUGAUCUGAUCCGUUGGUUUGAUUGCAGUAAUCACAUGCGAGAACCUUCAGACGUUGCCAUACACGGACGUGAGUAUUACAUCUGUGAUUUUAAGGCGCAUUGCGUAAUCGUGUUUCAAGAAGAUGGCACUUUCAUACGCCGCAUUGGUGGCGAGUCGAUAACAGAUUUCCCCAAUGGUAUAGAUGUCAGUGAUCAUGGUGAUGUUCUAGUUGGUGACUCACAUGGAAACCGUUUCCACAUAGCGGUUUUCAGCCGCACCGGUGAGCUACUAAGUGAAUUUGUAUGCAAUCAAACAAAAGUGAGUCGCUCCUGCUGCUUGAAGAUAACGACAGAAGGUUACGUUGUGACCUUGGCUCGCAGUUCCAACAAUGUUUUAGUUCUUGAUACUCUUUACAUCUGCUGA